AUGGCAAGGCGACAACGGCGUUUUGCAGAAGGGAGUUGCGGCGUCGUCUUCCCCCAUAGGCCGUGGAUCUGGCAUGACGGACGACCUCUUCCCCCGGCCGUGAAUCUAGCCGGUGGCUGGCCUCUUCUGCGGAUCUCGCACAGCAAGGCCACUGCGCUCGAGAUGCUCGAAUGGCGCAUGGUGGCCAUGGUGUCUUGCAUUGGCGGCUCGCCUUGCCCAGCAUCUUGUGGCGCCAAUAUUGCUGCUAGCCUCCAAGUCAGUGAUGUCGUGGAGGUGUUGUGCGCCGAGGACGCCGUGCAGGCGGUGCAGCGGCGGCGGACCCAUGCCCGGCGCUGCUACGGGCCGGCGUCCGACGCCGAGUUCCUGCGCUCCAUUGCCGACAAGACGCCCGGGAGGGACGACGAUAAGGAGGAGGCGAUGAGGAGGAGGAGGCAAGUGUACCUCAAGAGCUAUGCCUUUGCCACCAAGGGGGAGGCCGCCGAGGCCAAGGGUAAGCCCGCCGGCCGAGGAGGUCCACGUGCCCGCGUCGACGCUGUCCUGCCGCCGACGUUGCUCCGGCGCCGCAAGACUACUCACGAUGAUGCAACCUGCAGCGGCAACAAGACCACGACCGCUGCUAGCUCUAGCUUCACUUCCAUCUCCAACCCCAGCAGCAUGUGGUGCCCCAGGAACGCGGGCAAGGUGCUGUCCCAGCUGCUCACUCGCCUUGUUUCCUGCGCAUGCAACCCUGGUGCUGCUCCGUCUUCCGCCUAG